AUGAGUAACAAGCCAGAGCCCUCGUCCGGCGCCAUUCAGCAGCAGCAGCGCAAAAAAAGAGGCUUAAUACCUCCAGAGCUUGUAGAUCUUCUGGUCACUCCCGUGCAAGUCGGGGCAUGGUCCGGUGCUGUGGGAGUAAUGGCCGGUGUUGCCGGUGCCAUUGCGAGAGACACCAGUCCUGUUGCCAGUGGUGCCGUAACUGGAUUUCAAUGGUUUGCUUUGGGAGGAAGCUUCUGGUUCACUAGAUCCGUCACCGUCAGGGCAAUGGGAGGUGACCAGCAACUAAGGCCCGUCGACAAAACUAUCGCAAGCACAGUAGGAGGAUCAGCAGCUGGAGCAGUGGCCGGAUUGAUACGCGGACCAGGCAAGAUUCUACCCGCCAUGGUCAUGUGGGGAGUGCUGGGGGCAGGCGGACAGAUGGCUGUCAACGGCUUGAGUAACAGGAAACCUAAAGUCAAGGAUGAAAAUGACAGCUGGUUCAGGUCGAAAUGGAGCCCAUUGAAGAAGCUCACAGACCAGGAGUACAUCGACAUGAUGGAGGAGAAGAUUCUGAGAGUAGAGGCGGACAUUGCUCUCAUCGAUGAGCGGAUUACAGAGCUAAAGUCAAUUGAUCAGAGAACCAAGGAUGAGAAUAGGACAUGAAAUAUCAUAAUUGAACAGGAUAAAAU